GGCGGCCAUAUUGCUGCCAUGACAAUGUUGGUCUCCUUGAGAACAAUACUGCAGACGACGGCCAAUAAAGAAGUAUCCACAGCUAGCGGCAGAGCCGAGGAAGCACCUCACAUCCAGCGAUGGCACGGAGACACGGUUCAGCUACACUGCCUGGUGGAGGACACUGAUCAAGCACAGUACGUGACUUGGAACAGCACUUCGCCGGGCUAUCGGGACGCCAUUGCCGGCGGUCGCAUUCGCGUGACGUAUCAUGUACUUGCCGAGGAGCGCCGUGUUCAUUCCAACUUGACGAUAUCCGUGCUACGGCGCACCGAUGCAGGACUAUAUUGGUGUAGUUUGGCUGAUACCGUCGUGCCUAGUCACGCUGUAGCGCUGGUCCAGCUCACUGUUCUAGCCCCGGUGAGUAACACCUUCAUCAGUCCCCAUCAGACCGUGCUGGAAGGACACACCACCACACUGAUCUGCAGUUACAGCAGUAGUUUUCCAAUGAACAUCACCUGGCUAUCUAACACCGGUACACCUCUACAGCCCAGUAGGAACAUCAGCAUACACACCGUACUCGACAGCACAUCACACCACAUGUCCAUCACAUCAACAGUAACACUGCACAGUGUGACCAGGCAUAUGGCUGGCCAGUAUGACUGUGUUGCCGUGGGUAACCUGGACCUUAGCACUACCGAUCGUCUUGACAGCGGUGCUGGUGCUGGUGAUGGAAUGAAUAAUGCCAGCACUGCCACCAUCAUCAAUGUGUUGUAUGGACCAGACAUCGUGACUGAUCUCAAUCCGGCGUAUACGUAUCGCCACGACAACACAAGCUUGACGUGUGCCGCCGCGGGCAAUCCGCUGCCGACCGUCGCCUGGCGCUACUCGCUGGAGAAGAUCGAACGCGCGUUCCACGGUGACGGAACCGAUAUCGGCACGGUUACCAGCGAGCAUCCGGACGGCGCCACGACCAAGAGCACGCUGAAGCUCACCGACAUCGGAUCGUCUUACGUUAACCUGACUGUGUACUGUGUGUUCCGUAAUAGACUCUCAAGUAAUACAACCAGCAGACACGCAAUGGUCUUGUACACGGCAGCAAACCCAGCAAAGAGUGACAACGAUGAUGUAAUCAUCGCGGCCGCAAUCACAUUGCUGGCGGUGGGCACCAUUUUGGUUGCUAUGACAGUACUUUUGUACCGCAACGCACUCAUCGGGCAUGCCAGCCUUCAAGCCAGGAAUGAUCGCAUUACAUCCCCGUCAACGCCGUCAUCAUUAUCGCCUCGGUGCAGCGAUGUACAUACCAAGGCGAUGCCACGCUCCCACUCCGUCCUCAGCUUUAUACGCCGUGGCUCGUAUACAUCGCAGCCUGGAGCAGCUCACGAAUCUUGUCUUUGUGGGCAUGGACAGCAGCACACUACCCACACAGUUCCUGCCACCGCCCGGGUGCAUCCCGGACGACGAGAGUUGCUUCGAGGAGACCGCCAGCACUCAGGACCCCAUGGCAACAGCGGCGUGUGCGGACGGUCAGUAGCAUGGACAGCCUGCUGGUAUAAGCAGUGUUAGCCGAGCCCUGGCAACAAGAAGAGUGCGGCGGCGGCGAUGCGCCGCAGACGCAGUACUUGCUCCGUGAUGUCCAGUGCAGUGCCGUUGUUCUCACGCCGCAGCUCGGUAAGCUCGCAGGUCUCCCGGCCAAUAACAAUAGCAGACAGACGUCCGCGUCCAUUAUAGAAAUGCUUGACGGCGGCACGAACGGGACUUACGAAUACUGCAAGGACGGCAGAAUCCUGUACCACGGCCCGGACAUGAUGAGUUCGGGUGACGAGUACUCGGCGGUACUCGGUGACGCCAGCUCACACGUACCAUCCGGAAAGUACUCGCGGCCAGCUAUGCGUCCCGUUCCGAAGUCCCUCCCCAUGUGGUGGGGGUGGUAGGUCCGCCGCAGCCAAGCGCAACGACUGGGUUGAUGACGCAACCCCGGAGGAUGACCUCACCGAUGAUGUAACGUGUCAUGUGACAGCCGGGCAGACGCCGAGAAGACGGAUCACCGCCAGGGAUGGCUGCGUCUCCAUGGGAUCCGUAGACUCUCUGUUGACGACGCAGCUCUACUCAACCUCUCAAGUCUCCGUCGACGAGCUCAUGGGCUGCUGCCAUUCCUCCCCGGGUAGUGUGAUGUCAUUGCCACGGUGUAAUGACAUCAUCAUGGAGUGCAGUGACGUCAUCGCUUCCAUCCCACCGCUUUACGAGAAUGAGGUGGGCGCUGAACUGUGCAGGCCAUCUGGUAGCCAUACCUGCGCAGAUAAACACCAUACAAAGGAAUCGGUUGAUUGUAAGAAGUCUUGAGGCCUGUCACACCACUUCCGAGUACAUCCAUCGUCAGUGGCAUGGCUGCCAGAAAGAGCUCGUCCAGUGUGACGGGCGCAAGAAAUGUCUCACCGACUUGUGUCAUGAACAACAAGGAGUGACUCAAUCGUCGGCAUGGUAUCCGCCGGGAGCGGUUUCUCCCACGCUCGCGCUCCUCAGCAGGAGUGUUUCCUCCACCAGCGUCGUCGCCGCAACCAGGAAUCAUUCCUCCCCGGUUGCGAUGGAACCCACCAGGACCGGUUUCUCCCCUGGCGCAGGUUGACCCGGGACAUGUCACUGGAUAGCAUCGCAGGGACUGGGGGUGAGGGCAGGACCGGCGUGGAUUUCACCAGGAAAGCGUUGGCAUCUGCUACCU